ACAGUUCCUAGUAUGAUAAAUUUGCUGCUCAUUUCAGCCGGCAGACAUUGUCCUUGAUCAAACUAUGUUGUGACUUUCACAGUAAUCGCUUCAGAAAUUUGCUCGCUGAAAAGAAAUGGAUUGGACUGAACAGAUUCCAACAUUGUUCCUGUGCAUCCUUACGAUUAUAUGCAUUUUGAAAUGGGGAUGUUUCUGGAAUAGGAGCUCCAAAAAUCUCCCACCAGGUCCUACACCUUUACCACUUCUUGGAAAUCUCCACAUGAUGGAUCUGAAGAGACCGUACAGAACAAUGUUAAAGUUGUCAAAAGAAUAUGGCCCCAUCUUCCACAUCCAAAUGGGAUUCCAGAAAAUGGUGGUGCUGACAGGGUACGAGACAGUCAAGGAGGCCCUGGUGAAUCAGGCAGACGCAUUUGCAGAGAGACCCAUCAUCCCGAUUUUUGAGGAGUUUGCAAGGGGCUUUGGUGUUCUUUUUUCACAUGGUGAAAACUGGAAAGUGAUGAGGCGGUUUGCACUAAGCACAUUACGGGACUAUGGCAUGGGAAAGAGGUCCAUAGAGGACAGAAUUGUGGAAGAAUGCAGUGUCCUGAUUAAGAGAUUUGAAUCUUACCAAGGACAACCAUUUGAAACCACCACAAUUAUGAAUGCCGCUGUUGCCAAUAUCAUAGUGUCCAUCCUACUAAACAAGCGAUUUGAAUACGAAGAUUCCACAUUUAGAAAACUUCUGAAGUUGGUCAAUGAAAAUGUCCGGCUCUUUGGAAGCCCCUCUGUCAUGCUGUAUAACAUGUUUCCCGCUCUUGGUUCGCUUUUGGGAGCUCCCAAGACUCUUCUUCACAACAGAGAUGAGAUACAUGCCUUCGUAAAUGCCACCUUCAUAAAACACCUUAGAGAUCUGGAUGAAAAUGACCAAAGGAGCUUCAUUGAUUCAUUUCUUCUGAGACAGAAAGAGGAGAAGGACAAGCCGAAUGGAUAUUUCCACAAUGAAAACCUAAAAGCCGUUGUGGGUAACUUAUUUUCUGCUGGCACGCAGACCGCUUCUAGCACAUUGCGCUGGGGACUCUUACUAAUGAUGAAAUAUCCUGAAAUUCAGAAUAAGGUCCAAGAAGAAAUUGCGAAGGUUGUUGGAUCUUCUCAACCAAGGAUUGAGCACCGAACAAAAAUGCCAUAUGUAGAUGCUGUGAUCCAUGAGAUCCAGAGAUUUGCUGACAUUGUCCCAACAAAUCUACCCCAUGCAACCACUGUGGAUGUUACCCUCAAAGGCUACUUCAUUCCAAAGGGGACUCACAUCAUGCCACUACUGACCUCUGUGCUGCACGAUGAAUCUCAGUGGGAAAAACCAUACCAAUUUUAUCCUGAGCACUUUCUUGACUCUGAAGGAAAGUUCAGAAAGAGAGAAGCAUUCCUGCCUUUCUCUGCAGGUCGGAGAGAAUGUUUAGGUCAGACUCUUGCCAAAAUGGAGCUCUUCCUCUUUUUAACAAGCCUCCUGCAGAGAUUCACGUUCCAGCUACCUCCGGGAACAUCUGAAGAUGACCUGGAUUUUACGCCUGCUCUUGGGUUAGCAACAUCGCCCAUGCCCCACCAAGUCUGUGCUCUGCCACGUUCAUAAGACACAAACUUCAUGGGUUGCUUAUCCUCCCUGUGUGUGCAAUGCAAACCGUUUU